AUGAGUCAGCAGAAUGAGAGAGCAACCAAAAAGAUUAAUGUCAUUGUGGACUGCAAUGAAAGGCAUAAGUUUCAGGAUUAUAGAAUAUUAGCAUCACCGACACCCCAAGUUUUCCAUCUUCAAGAUUCCCAUCAGCAAGUGUGGGCCCUGAAGGAUAAAACUCUCAUAGCCACACCCCACAGCGACUACGUGACUCCUGUCAUUUUGGAAUCAAUGCCAUGUAGAGACAAAGCAUACCCUGUGAGAGACCAAAGCACAGCUGUUUACCUGGGAAUACAUGGGAAAGAACUCUGCUUGUUCUGUGAAGAAAGUGGAGGGAAGCCUACCCUGAAGGUGAAGGAUAAGAAGAUACAUGACCUGUACUCUUCAGAAACAGCAGAGAAGCCUUUUGUCUUUUAUGUAAAUAAGACUGGUAGCAUAUCAACCAUUGAGUCAGCAGCAUAUCCUGGAUGGUUCGUGUGUACCUCAAACGAGAAGGACCAGCCUGUUACAAUGACACAGCACAUAGGGACAAACUACAAUACAGCUUUUUAUUUAUCAUCCUGA